UCUUUCCGGAUGGAGGCGUGACACGCAGCAGGAGGCUUCUGUGAGCGCACCCCUCUGUACUAUCUCUACUGUCAGUCAUGUCUCCCCUCGCCCCGGGCUGCGGGUCCCCCAAAUCCAAACUACUCCCCCUACUGGUGCUGCUGCUGCACCUCGGCCUGUCCCGGGGCCUCUACUUUCACAUCGGGGAGACGGAGAAGCGCUGCUUCAUUGAGGAGAUCCCGGAUGAGACCAUGGUCAUAGGAAACUACAAGACUCAGCUGUGGGACAAACAGGCAGAGACAUUUCUGCCAUCUACUCCAGGUCUGGGCAUGCAUGUUGAGGUGAAGGACCCAGAUGGCAAGGUCAUCAUGUCCAGGCAGUACGGCUCAGAAGGCAGAUUUACCUUUACAUCUCACACCCCUGGAGAGCACCAGAUAUGUCUGCACUCUAACUCUACAAGAAUGUCUCUAUUUGCUGGAGGAAAGCUGAGAGUUCAUUUAGACAUACAGAUCGGAGAACACACAAACAAUUACCCAGAAAUCGCAGCAAAUGACAAACUUACAGAAUUACAGCUCCGGGUCAGACAGCUCUUGGAUCAGGUGGAACAAAUCCAAAAGGAGCAGAACUACCAGAGGUACCGCGAGGAGCGAUUCCGACUAACCAGCGAGAGCACAAAUCAACGUGUCCUGUGGUGGUCUAUUGCCCAGACUCUUAUCCUCAUCCUCACUGGCAUCUGGCAAAUGAGACACCUGAAGAGCUUCUUCGAGGCCAAGAAACUAGUGUGAAACGUCUACCUCCACCACCCAACUUUGCAUCCUGUAUACCCCACAGAUAAGGACACAAACAAAUGGUUGUCAUGUUUCCCUUAUCCCCACCUGCACAACAGCUGUAGCCAUCGCCUUUUAGAUAUCUAUACAGAAGUCCUAAACCGAAGGAAGACCAGCGGGGUCAUACAAUCUCUCAGGUCUUCCCUUCUGUCCUAUAUGGGUGGUCUUUACCUGCAGGAUGCCAAUACAAAUUGGGAGGAUAGGGAUUUUUUUU